AUGUUUAAAAAGGUUACACCAAAGAGGAGACCAAACAGCGACUCGAGCAGCGUCAGUGGGAGCGGGAGUGUCAAGCGGAGCAAGACAGAGGCGAGACUGGCUGACUCCCAGCUGUCGUCGCCCGGCACACACAACUCCAAGGCCCGAGUGUCGGCCCUUCUCAACAGACCCGUACACAUUGAGAGACCGGAAACCCCACCCCUGGACGUGGGCAGCGUCAGCCAGACUUUGAAAGACAAGAAGAUCGAGCCGUCGGGCCUCAAGUUCGGCUUCCUGGGGCUCGGCAUCAUCGGCUCGGGGAUCGUCAAGAACCUCCUGAACAGCGGCCACAGCGUCAUGGUGUGGAACAGAUCUUCAGAGAAGUGCGGGGACUUUGUGAAUGCCGGCGCCAAGGAGAUGAUGACGCCGUCCGACGUCAUCGCUGCCGCCGACAUCACCUUCUCCUGCGUGUCUGACCCUCAGGUGGCAAAAAAUAUGGUAUUCGGAAAUUGUGGAGUGUUGCAAGAAAUGUCUGCUGACAAAGGCUACGUGGAGAUGACUGGCAUUGAUGCAGAAACCUCACAGGACAUUGCAGAGGCCAUAAGUGGGCGAGGAGGGCGUUACUUGGAGGCACAGGUUCAGGGCAGCAAAGUGCAGGCGGAGGAGGGCACCUUAGUCAUCCUGGCAGCGGGCGACAGAACGCUCUUCGACGACUGCCAGAGCUGCUUCCAGGCCAUGGGCAAAAAUUCCUUCUACCUCGGUGAGGUGGGCAAUGCCAGCAAGAUGAAUUUGGUGCUCCAGGUGAUGGCAGGCGUCACGCUAGCUGGGCUGGCCGAGGGAAUGGCCCUGGCGGACAGGGCCGGGCUGCAGCAGAAGGAUGUGAUGGAGAUCAUGGAGCUCACCUCACUUGCAUGUCCACUCAUGAUCGAGAAGGGGAAAGCCAUCAUCGAAGGGGGCUUCCCGACACACCUGCCGCUGCAGCACAUGCAGAAGGACCUCCGCCUGGGCAUGCUGAUGGGCGACACCUUGGAGCUGCCGCUGCCCCUCACGGCCGCCACCAACGAGGUCUUCAAGCAUGCCAAGCGGCUGGGCUACGGCGAGCACGACGUCUCCAGCGUCUACAUACGCACGCGAUUCUAACCCAUAUUGGCCCCCGUGUGCUCACUCUUUUUUUUUCUUUUUUUUUUUUUUCUUUUUAAAUGUAUUUUUUUCUUUUUUUAUAUCUUUUUUUUCUGUUUUUUUGUUCGUAGAAGGCGUCUUUGUGUCUUGAGGAAAGGAAGGAAGGGAGGAAGGAAGCAGGCUGAAGUAGGCAGGCAUCAGUAAAAAUUUGUGUGCACUAAAAACCUCCCUUCUCGCUUUCUCUCUCUCUGUCUCUGUCUCUCGUUAAGGGAGAGGUUAUAUUGUAGUAUUUGUUGUAAUUAAGGUUGUUUUUUAGCUUGUAUAAAGUAUAAGAAUGAGGAGAAAAAAAAAAAUGGAUAAAGAAAAGAAAGAAGAAAUUUUAUCAAAACACCUUUUCAUUUUGAUGCAUUUAUGUACUGAGAUUUAUACAAGAAAACCUUUUAAUUUUUUUUUUCUUUCCCUUUUUAGUUUUUCAUAUUUCGUACGUGUAUUUUUAAUUAUUUAUUUUUUUACCGAGAGCACAUUUUGUGUGUCUUUUCUGCUUAAAGGAAGGAAUAAUGUGUAAAAGCAGUACUCAGAAUUGGAUAAGUAUUUGCGAGGUUUUCAGUGCAGACUUUUGUUGUUGUUUAUUGAUGCUUGGGCUUUCGAGGAUGAAGUUUGUGUCAUUUCUUUGCUUUUGUUUCUAUUAUUAUUGUUAUUAUCAUUAUCAUUUUUAUGAUUUUUACUAUUUUUGCUAUUAUUAUUAUUAUUAUUAUUAUUAUUAUUAUUAUUAUUAUUAUUAUUAUUAUUAUUAUUAUUAUUAUUAUGAUUAUUAUUAUUAUUAUUAUUAUUAUUAUUAUUAUUAUUAUUAUUAUUAUUAUUAUUAUUAUUAUUAUUAUUAUUAUUAUAAUACCAUUACUAUGAUGGUUAUUAUUCUGUUUUUUUUAUUAGUGAUAUUAUUAAUGUUGAUAUUGUUAUUUUCACCAGAAUACUGAGAGCCUCAAGGAGCCAUUUUCUAGUGACUCGAAGCUGUUGAAUGCUUAGUCGUUGGUAUCCAAGAUAACUAUAAAUAGUAAAAGAACGUUAUGAAAACAUUUAGAUAAAAAAAAUUAUCAAAAAAAAAAAAAAAAAAAAAAAAAAAUCACUCCACAAAAAUAUAUAGAAAAAAGUUUUAAAAAAUCAAUAAAAGUAAAAAAUACCUUUAUAUAUAUUUAGAAAAAAAAAAGAAAAGAGAUUUCGUAAAAGCAAACACACGUGGUUAAAUGUCCUCUGUAUGACAGACAGAUCUCGAGUUCACGCCGACCGAAGGGAGGGGGGGAGGGAGGGGGGGCGGGGAGAUUAGCGUUAAAUGGAGAAGUUUUAGGGAAUCUAAGGUCCUGCUGUCUAGGGGGUGGGUAGGGGGUGGGGCUAUGGGCAUUCCUUUCGUGCUUUUUUAUUUUUAUUUUUAUUUUUUAUUUUAUUAUUCUCCAUUCUUUCCUUCUUUAAUUUCCAUGGGAUGAGAGUGAGUGUCCUUUUGCAAUGGAUUAGAUGUAAGUCGGAAGAUGCUGAGGAGGAGGAGGAGGAGGUUCAAAAGUCGAAAGGAAAAUACUGAAACAUUUGGCUAAGUUUAAGGUUGAAAGUGAAGAGUUGAUUAUAUUAUACAAUUACAUAUAGAAAGAUAUUUUCACACUUCGUGCUUUGUUAUACAAGUUCUGCAUGUGCAAAUGAUGAAAAAGCAUAAAAAAAAAAAAAAAAAAAAAAUCAAUUUAUUAGCAGUAAGACUGACGCGUUUCCAAAGCAGAUUAAGACAACGAUAGGCCAUUUAGGUAAGCAUAGGAGAGGAGGGUGUGGGGGGGGGGAGGGCGUAUCUCAUGCCUUGUUUAUAUCAUUGUGGUGCAAUUCAGUGUUUUAGGUCUCUUUAUUUUUCCUUUUUAUAUCUCUUUCCUAUUUUCUCCCCUUGAUUCCCCCCUCCCCCCCCUUUUUUUAUAUUAUUAGUGUUACGACGAUUUUUAUUAAGUUGGUCAAUGUGUUUCAAGGUGAAAGUCCUUCCCCACCCCAAGGAAAUCUAGAUUUUAUUCCUGAUAACAGUUAAGUCGCACUUCUCUGUGAAUGGGCAUUGGGCUCCAUGUUGCAGUUGUUGCAGUUUGAUGGUUUUCAUUAUUACUACAUUUAUGAUACAAUGUUAAGCUAUCUUUUUUUUUUUUUCCACAAACAUUGGUGAGGACGAUGCUGGGAUUCAUAUAUUCAUUUCCUCAUAAUGAUCUUUUUUCUGUGACGAGAAAACUGUAACUUUUAUAGUAUACCUGUUAAUGUCUGUGUAGAAGUGGAAACCGUGCACAGAAGAACGAUUCAUAUCAAGUGACAUGAUAGCCCCUUUGUUUAGUUAAGUGUAACAUUGUUUUUUUUUUUUUUUUUUUUAUUUAUGCAUGUGGAUGUAUGGCGUGUAUGUGUCUGUACGUACACACAACGCACAUACAUACAUACAUAUGCAAACCCAUACAAAUGCAUAUACAUUUUUUAUAUAUUCCAAGCACUAAUGUGGCCUUCUGAAGAUGUAUCUAUGUAGACUGUUCAUGAAGCAAAGACCUCGUUGGUGUCGGAGGAAUAGACUGGUCGAGGUGGAGGGAGUCGAGGCUCAGUUACAAACAUGUCACAAUUUUUGAGUGUUCUGCUCCUCUUUGGUCUCGUGUAUGAUGAUGAUGACAAGGGAUUCAUGUUUGAUGUUUUUUAUCAUUAUUAUUAUUAUUAUCAUUAUUAUUAUUAUUAUUAUUAUUGUUAUGAUUAUUAUUAUUAUUAUUAUUAUUAUUAUUAUUAUUAUUAUUGUUAUUAUUAUUAUUAUGAUGAUGAUGAUUAUUAUUAUUGUGAUUUUUUCCUCCUCUUCUUUUCCUGUACCUCAUGUCUUUGUUUGGAUUUGUGUUAUUUCUGUCUUUUUCUCUCCCUCCUUUCAAUCUCUGUCCCUCCCUCCCCUUUUCCCUCCUCCUCUCCCCUUUCUCUCUUUCCAUUUCUGACGAUUUUUUAAACAAGCAUAUUUUACAAUGAACUGAACAAUAAAAACUAUAUAUCUUUA